AUGAGUGAGGACGAAGAGGAGUCGUUCAACCUUCAAGAGCACCAUCUUCGUGGGGAAGCCGAGGAUGAAGCCCGUGCAAAACAAAUAGAAAGGGACGUGGAUGAAGCUUUUGAUGAAGUGGUCCAAGAGUUUUCUGAAGAUACGAGGUAUUACCAAUGCAGCACCGAAAAUUGUUACGCUACAGCGUACAUGAACAAAACAGAUCGUAUUUUAACACGGGGUAGGAUUGAGCACUCCCACCAUUGUCUUUCUGACGGAAAAGACGAUGAAAUACUAAUGAGAGAAUGGAUGAUAGAGGAACUAAAAAAGUCAUGGUGGAAACUGUUGAGCUUGUAUGAAGAAGCGCUUAAAAGUCAACGACUAAAUUUCCGAUUCAGUAGUACUUUGCCAAGGUACAAAACCGUUUUGAGGGACGAUCUUAUCAAGAAAGCUUGGAUCGAUUUGAUAAACUCCAACGAAACAAAUUUGGAAUUACUCAAAUUCUUGGAUAGCAUUGCAAGCUCUAAAGGGAAAAAGUUAGAUAAAAUUAUGCAGGUCGAAGAUCGAUAUCAACCUGAGUAUGUAUUGCAGGAAGCACCUCUAAUUGAGCCUAUUGAAACGGCAAUCGAUUACGAUGUCGAACUGGGCAUGACCGAUUUUGAAAGAUUAAAGUUUCAAAGAGAACAAAGAGCACAGAGAAGGCUACGAAGAGAAAGAGAAAAAAAUACACGAGGUGUACCGACUGUAGAAAAUCAAGUCGAAGAAGAAGACGAUAGGCAUGUUCCGCAUUUUUAUCGUCGAACUGCCAGACGACCUCCUAAUGUACAGUUCAACGUUGAACUUGAAGACAAUAGUAAUAGAAAUUUCACAAGAAAACAAGAUUUUGAAUGCAAUGAUAAUAAUGAAGGCAAAAGAAAUCCUGCAAAAAGUUUAGCACGAGUUGAUCCUGUGAAUAAUCAUAGUGUUGAAAAUGUAAAUCGUAGGCUUAUCAACAAAAGCCCUCAAUCGAUUGAUUCAGCUCUGGGAAUUGAGAAUGAUAAUUUAUUCGAUAAUUUUUCAUUUGAUCCCCCUCGUGCUUCAACACCAAUAAACUGGUAUAUUACGAAAGAUCACUCACAUGAUUUUGAAGAAUCCAGAGUAGAACCUCGCUUAAUUUGUAUGAGUAAUUAUUCCAAAGAUUCAACUGCGGAAGUAUCAAAUGAUGAACUAGAUCAAAUAUCGUCGUCUCAAAGACCUGUCGUCGAGACAAAUAAAAUUACAAAACAUGCGUUUGAUUUGAUACAAUUACGUCUCAAUUCACAAAUUAAAACAUCUAACGAUGUUCUAAUUCCUCAUAGUCACGAUGAGCCUGAGACACCGAAUUCUUUUUCUUUGCAAUCUCCUAAUCAAAGUACACGAUUAUCACUUGUCAAAGAAGAUAUAGUACAAAAAGUACUGCGUGAAAAAAAUUCAGAAAACAGAGAAAUAACAGCACGCUCCGCAAUGUCCAAUAACAAUGAGCUUAAGAAAACCAAAAAAACUGCUGGUGGAAAUAGAAAAAAUAAGCGUAGGAGAUUAGCUGAGAAAAAAACUUUCGUAGAAAAAGAAAACAUGUCUGACACCAUACAAACAUGUAGCACUUAUGGUGAAGAAUACGAUAUAAGAGCAAGUCUUUUUCAGGGUCAAUCGAUCGGAAUGGAUUUUGUAAAAGGAACACAAAAACAAAGUGCCAUUAAACGAAAAAAUGAUUAUAUUGAUUUUACAGCGGAUGUAUCCCUAUAA